ACUAACGUUCAAAGGGAGCCUUGCCUGUCAGUUUUCGCACUAUCCAAACACGCAAACCACGAAUCUCUUGGAGAAAGUAGACAAAAGAAUCGAUCGUACGUUUUUUUUAUCAGUGAAGAUGAAGGGGGUUUCUGUGAUAACAUUGACGAGUGUUUUGGUUCUGCUUUGUGGGGUGUGCGAAUUGGGUUUCUGCAGAGAGGACAAGUUCAUCAGGAUGAAGCCUGGAGGCGUCCACGACUGUCACGGCUCUCAAAACAGCGCAGAGAUCGAAAGCCUCGCUCGUUUCGCUGUUCAGGAAUUCAACAAGAAAGAGAAUGCACUGCUUGAGUUUGCAAGGGUCUUAAAGGCCAAAGAGCAGGUCGUUGCUGGUAAGAUGUACCAUUUGACUCUGGAAGCAAUGGAUGCAGGAAAGAAGAAGAUAUAUGAAGCCAAAGUCUGGGUGAAGCCAUGGAUCAACUUCAAGCAGUUGCAGGAAUUCAAGCAUGCUGAGGGUGGCCCUUCCUUUACCACUUCAGACCUUGGUGUUAAACAAGAUGGACAUGGACCAGGAUGGCAAGCAGUGUCAACUAGUGAUCCUGAGGUCCAAGAUGCAGCAAAUCAUGCUGUUAAGUCUAUCCAGCAGAGGUCCAACUCGCUGUCUCCAUAUCAACUUCUAGAGAUUAUUCUAGCUAAGGCCAAGGUUAUUGAAGAUUAUGCCAGAUACGAUUUGCUUCUGAAACUGAGGAGGGGAAUCAAGGAAGAAAAGUUCAAGGUUGAAGUAAUUAAAAACAUGGAAGGAAAGUUCGUAUUGGUUUAGGUGUUGAAUAUGUUCAAAACAAUGUGGAUUGAUGCCGCUACCAUAAUAUAGUCUGAUAUUAUACAAUAAACAGAAGACUAGCUUACGCUUGCCUGCUGUGGUUUGUCAGAUGUGACAUUUAUAGUUUGCCUCUUCCACGUUCUGUUUGUAUAUAUAUUAAUAUAUGUAUAAAUAUGGAUUUCGGAUUGAACAUAAACUUUUUUUGAUAUAUUAGAUAUGCUACUUGUACAGUA